GGGGGAGGAGUGAUUAGGGAAAAACAUUGAAUCCAGUAGAAAGAAAUUCAGAUUCUCUAGAUUCUUGUUUGGAUAAAAGGAACUAUAGGUCUAAGUGGAACAGAAAAUCAAAUGUGAGUCAAUAAUUUGGUAAGAAUACUAAUAAUCAGAAAAACAUCUAUUAGCUAUGUUCAAGAAACAUGAAGAAUUUCCUCUUCUAUAUUUAGCAUCACUUAAAUAUUUUCAUAAGAUUGUUCCUGUUAAGCUUUACCACGCUUAUAAUGGUUUAAACAUGUUUACUUUGGCAGAGAGCCAGAGCCGUUCCACCAGUCCUGCCUGGAUCCCAUGGAAGUAGUUAACAAUGUCACUGAGUUUAUAUUCCUGGGACUGUCCCAAGAUCCUGGAAUGCAACUCAUAUUCUUUGCCCUAUUCCUCCUCUUCUACUUCAUGAUCAUGGCAGGAAACCUACUCAUCUUGCUUACUGUCUUUUCUGACCCCCGGCUCCACACACCAAUGUAUUUCUUCCUCAGUAACCUGUCCUUUGUGGACAUUGCCUACUCCUCAGCCACAGCACCCAAGAUGAUUGCAGACUUCAUUUCUGAGAAAAAGAUAAUUUCCUACUGGGGCUGUGUAACUCAGAUGUUUACCUUUCACUUUUUUGGUUGUGCUGAGAUUUUUGUUUUGACUGUUAUGGCUUUUGACCGCUACGCCGCCAUCUGCAAACCUCUCCAUUAUACUACCAUCAUGAGUGCCAAUGUUUGUUCUGUGCUAGCAUCACUGUCCUGGUUGGGGGCCCUGGGCCAUUCCUUUGUUCAGACCUUCCUGACCUUUCAGCUGCCCUUCUGUAAUGCUCAAGUCAUUGAUCACUACUUUUGUGAUGUCCACCCAGUCCUAAAACUUGCCUGUGCUGAUACAACCCUGGUAAACAUGUUGGUGAUUGCCAAUAGUGGUCUCAUCUCCCUGGGGUGUUUCCUCAUUCUUUUGGCCUCCUACACAGUCAUUUUAUUUAGUCUUCAGAAGCGGCCUGCAGAGAGCCAGCGCAAGGUUCUCUCUACCUGUGGAUCUCAUCUGACUGUAGUGACUUUCUUCUUUGUCCCUUGUAUCUUUAUUUAUCUCCGUCCAUCCACUACCUUCCCACUGGAUAAGGCUGUGUCUGUGUUCUAUACUACCAUCACCCCCAUGCUAAAUCCACUUAUCUAUACUCUGAGAAAUGGGGAUGUAAAGAAUGCCAUGAAGUGGCUAUGGAAUCGGAAGAUCUCCUUAAAGGAAAAACAGAAGGGAUAGUUUAUCAGAAUUGCAAAUUCAUUGAAUUAGCAGAUACUUUCAAAGACCACCAUAGAUUAAAAUGUUGGAAUAGUUUCUAAAACUCAGCUAUCCCAUAUUUUUCAUUUAAAAGGAUAUAAUUUGAUACCAAUUCAUUUUCUUGCAUUUAGGUGAGCUAAACUCUUGUGGAAACCAUGGUAGUGUAGUGGUUAAGUGCUACAGCUGCUAGCCAAAGGGUCGGCAGUUCGAAUCUGUCAGGCGCUUCUUGGAAACUCUAUGGGGCAGUUCUACUCUGGCCUAUAGGGUCGCUAUGAGUUGGAAUCGACUUGAGGGCACUGGGUUGGUUGUUACGGUUGUAAACUCUUGUUGCUGUUAGUCGCCAUUGGGGCUAAAUCUAAACCUUUCCAUACUGGCAAGGUUUAUCCUCUGAUUAGAGGGGGAAGAGUAAACACUGCUACUCAAUAUUGUAUUUAACUGCUUUAGAUCCCCUCUAUUCAAAUAAAAUUUCUGACUGUUACAAUUCAAAAAUUUUGAAUGGGAUUAGAAAGAUAUCACUGAGGAAUCAGAUUUUUCCUCCUAGAAAAAGAAAGUCUAACUUGCUAGAGACUGCCUUCUUGUUCCUUCUGUCCUCUUUCUUUCAUUUAUUCCCUUUUCAUCCCUCCCUCUCCUGUUCUUCCUCCACUCUCUCAUUCCUUCCAUCUACCCAUCCUUUCGUCCUUCUUUCCUUCCUUCUUUCAUUUUUUUUUCUAGUUAUUUCACACAAAUAUCACAUGGUCUAGUAGGAGAAACAGAUUCAUAAGCAGACAAUUACAAUACAAGGUAACAGAUGCAAAUAUAGAAAUCUACACUGCAUACAAUAAAGGGGAUUAGUAUAAACUGACUGAAAGGUGGUUUCUGUAUAGGAAAAAAGAAGACAUACUUUGGUAGGGAGGAGUUUUUUUUUUAAAAGACCCCUCUUGGAAAAUUAGAAUACUUUCUGCCACCCUAGUACUAUUGUAGUAUUUCUACUGAUACAAAUCUUACUUCUCAUUUUUGCCAUUCACAGACUGGAUUAAUUAAAGCAAUUGAAAUGAAUUGAUAACCUGAACUGCUGAACUAAGUCAAGGAGAUGUAUUCCUAUCAUAAAAUUGUAGUUAAAACUAUUUUCAGUUUAAAAAAGAAGGGACCAAAAUGGAAUGAGCACAUUUCCCUUUGUGGUAUUCUUAGCCAAGAUGGAGAAUAGCUGAUUAUUUCCAAUACUUCACAGAUUUUUUUAAAUCAUUUUUAUUCAGAGGAACUUCUUUAGAUCUUGUCUUAUGACUCAUCUCUUUCAAGAAGUCUUUCCUGAUUAUUUUCAUCCAAUAUUUUUAUCUAUAUUC